GUCUGUGCUUUGACGAUUUGUGACGUUCUUUUAAAAAGUAAAAUGUCAACACAACUUUUGACAAAUGUACACGAAGGUGUCCAUCUAAACUUUGCUAAAAAUUCCGUCUAUGUAAGCGGGAACUAUGAAUAUUAUCAUUAUUUAUGCGACAAAUUUGAUGACAGGGGCUGGGGAUGCGGAUACAGAACAUUACAAACAAUAUGUUCCUGGAUGAAGUUGAAUAUUAAUAGUUCGAUAAAGGUUCCAAGUAUAAGAGAUAUUCAGAGCAUUUUAGUGGAAAUGGAAGACAAACCACAAUCUUUCUUAGGUUCCAGGCAGUGGAUUGGGAGUUUUGAGGUUUGUCUUGUCAUAGACAAGUUAUUUGAUGUGCCAAGUAAAAUACUUCAUGUCAAUAAAGGUGAUAGUCUCGAAAGUAUCGUAGAGACUCUGAGUACUCAUUUUGAGAAGUUUGGCAGUCCUGUCAUGAUGGGAGGUGAUGUUGACUGUUCAUCGAAGGGCAUCAUGGGUGUUCACAAAGAUGGUGUUAAUUCUAGCUUGCUGAUUGUGGAUCCACACUAUGUCGGUAAAGAGAUAUCAAAAGAAUUCUUACAAAACAAAGGCUGGGUAAAAUGGCAGCCUUUAAAAGACUUUCUUAGCAUGUCAUUUUAUAACUUAUGUUUACCACAAGCUAAAUCCAAGGUAACCUAAACCAAAAUAAAUUUACAUUUCCUUAA